UCCCGGUGCCGCCGCCGCCGCCGCUCUGCGCCCCCGGGCCGCCCGCCCUGUCCGCGGCCGCCAUGGGCUCCCUGCUCAGCCGGCGCAUCGCGGGCGUGGAGGACAUCGACAUCCAGGCCAAUUCGGCCUACCGCUACCCGCCCAAGUCCGGAAACUACUUUGCAAGUCACUUCUUUAUGGGAGGCGAGAAGUUUGACACCCCUCACCCUGAGGGUUACCUUUUUGGUGAGAACAUGGACUUAAACUUCCUUGGGAAUAGACCAGUUCAGUUUCCCUAUAUAACUCCAGCUCCACAUGAGCCAGUGAAGACACUGAGGAGUUUGGUGAACAUCCGUAAAGACUCCCUCCGACUUGUGAGGUAUAAAGAUGAUGUUGACAGCCCUACUGAGGAGAAUGGGAAGCAGAAGGUCCUGUACAGCCUGGAGUUCACCUUUGAUGCAGAUGCCCGUGUUGCCAUCACCAUCUACUGCCAGGCUACAGAGGAGUUUGUUGGUGGCAUGGCUGUAUACAGCACAAAGAAUCCCUCUCUGCAGUCUGAGACAGUUCAUUACAAGAGAGGGGUAAGCCAGCAAUUCUCCCUGCCUUCCUUCAAGAUUGAUUUCUCAGAGUGGAAGGAUGAUGAGCUGAACUUUGACUUGGACCGUGGCGUGUUCCCUGUGGUCAUCCGAGCAGUGGUGGAUGAAGGGGAUGUGGUGGUUGAGGUCACUGGUCAUGCCCAUGUUCUUCUGGCUGCAUUUGAAAAGCACGUUGAUGGCAGUUUUUCCGUGAAGCCGCUAAAACAGAAGCAGAUCGUUGACCGGGUGAGCUACCUGCUUCAGGAGAUCUAUGGCAUCGAGAACAAAAACAACCAGGAGACCAAGCCUUCAGACGACGAGAACAGUGACAACAGCAACGAGUGCGUGGUGUGCCUGUCGGACCUGCGGGACACCCUGAUCCUGCCCUGCCGCCACCUCUGCCUCUGCAACUCCUGCGCCGACACCCUGCGCUACCAGGCCAACAACUGCCCCAUCUGCCGCCUGCCCUUCCGUGCCCUGCUGCAGAUCCGGGCGGUGAGGAAGAAGCCGGGGGCUCUGUCACCGGUGUCAUUCAGCCCCGUCCUGGCACAGAGCGUGGACCACGACGAGCACUCUCACCCCUUUAAACCCUUUAAGGUGAGCUCUGUCUCCCUGCCCAGCAGGAAGCCUAGGAGGGAAGUAAGAACAAGCUCUGACAACAUCCCCCCGGGCUACGAGCCCAUCUCCCUGCUGGAGGCGCUGAACGGGCUGCGCUCGGUGUCGCCGUCGCUGCCCUCGGCCCCCCUGUACGAGGAGAUCAGCUACUCGGGGGUGCUGGACGGGCUGCCCCCCGCCAGCCGCCCGCUCGUGCCCAUGGACAGAGCCCUGGAGGCUGCCCACCAAAAGGGCAAGCGCAGCAAGUCUCCAGACAGCACACUACGGUCUCCCUCAUCCCCAAUCCAUGAGGAGGAUGAGGAGAAGCUCUCCGAGGACUCUGACUCACAGGCGGUGCUGAGUGGGGGUGAGCUGGUCCUGAGGGAGACCAGCUCUCCAGAGAGCGUGGCAGGGGAAGAGAUGGAGGAGGCCUCAUCAGUGCAGCAGGGGAGCCGCCCGCCCUCGGUGGAGGACGUGCUGCAGGACGGCAGCUGCGGCGAGAGCCGGAGCCUGACGCAGCCCGACACUGACCCCCCGGUGGAUGUCUUCCUGCCAGGCUCGUCCGACUUCACCAAGACGUUCCCUGUCCGCGGCACCGGCAGCCCCACGCAGCCCCUUCUCUUCGAGCAGCCCCGUCUGCACCUGGAGGACGAGCAGAGCCUGUCGUGAGCGGGGCCGGCCCUGCCCGUGCCGCCGGACCCGGGCCCCGCCAGCCUCCCGGGCCGCAGGCGGGGUCUGCACCGACAGCCUGUGCAUGUUUCCCGGCGGCGGGUAGGGGCUGGUGUCGUGUUUUUACCUGGGAGGUGUCUGUGGGGGCCGGGGCGGGGGGUUUGGGGUUCGAGUCGGCAGAUGAAGGACACUACCGAUGUAUAUUUUGUACUUACCGAGCACAGCCCUUUGCUGUCACUGCCCUGUACAUAGG